CACACCAGCUCGCUCACUCUUUUCCUCUUCCAUUUUUUAGGGCCAUUCUUAUUGUUUUGUUUGAUAGACGAAGCUUAGGGUCUCUUUGGGUUUGCAACCCUUACCCUCCUGUCAAAAAUCAUAGUUGCUAGACUGCGACACUUCAGACCAGGUACUAUUAGAGCCGCUAAUGGACGACGAGCUAUUUUCCGCUAUCCGGAGCUCAAGCAUUUGAGCCGCUAAAUGGACGAGACUCCUGGGGUAAAGGAUGCAGAGAAUGAGGAGAAAACACUCGUAUGGAGCAGGGAGUAGGUAUUGUACUACUUCCUGGUAUGGAGCACUGAGAAGCGCAAUGUGCAACAGAAAUUACCAUGGUGAUACAGUAGAUUACCGUGUGAAGCGGUGUGAGAUGCAGCAAAGCAUUAGGCGAUUUGAUCGCAGGACAAGAGAGGAGCUGAUGGACGAUCUCUCCAGUGUCCCUCUUGGUUCGGAGCAGCGCCGAGUGCUGACGUUGGGACUUGGAUCUCACUCAGCUCUGCUCUCCGAGCAUUCUGCAUCCAACACGACUUCCCGAAAGAAAAUGUGCUCGCGCAUUAGAAGGAGGUGAAAGAUGCACCUGCAGGAGAAUACAUGCUUAAGAGAAGGCAGAAACAUGCCCGGAUCCACCAGAACUAGUGCUGGCAAGUCAACAGAGGCGAGUACUGAUAAUGUUCCAGAUUGUGGUAGGAUCACAUAAGCAAAAUUGACACUGGGAGGCACGGCGGUGGGUCAGCUCAUGGCCAGCGCCAGCUCCAGUGGAUAUCACGUGCAUCCAGUUCUAGUACUAUAGUAUGACUGCUACAAAGUAGUGCGGCCCAAAUAGAACUCGGGUCAGGUGCCGAAGAACUGGGGGGUGGGGGGGGGCAUGUAUCAAUGAAUGGUAAUAACUCCGGAAAUCAUGCUGGUGUAUCGAGGGCGUGGGCCAAUGAAGUGCUGGAUUGAUGGUGGACGACUGUACUGCAAUCUUGGCUGGUCCCACUAUCGCAGAGACAGCACUUCCUGGUGCAACCACCCUAUCCUGCAAUCUAUAUAAUAAUUAUUAUAAGAGAUUUGUGUGAACGAUUUUAGCAUGAUGCAAGUCAGCUUAUUGUGCUGGGGGCCUGGCUACAUGUCACUAUAGCUUUUUAUAGACUCGAUCACCGCAUUACGCUGCCUUGCGUUGACUUGAUUGAGCACUCUUUUUGGUUAGUGUCAAAGGUAUAUGUAAUAUGUAUCUGCCUUCGUGCAAAGCUCUCUUUGUGCGUGUCUUGCAGAUAGCUCGCUGACUUUGAUGCUUUGAGCCAUUUUCAAAUUGCUUUUUUUGUUCAUUUCAUAUAGACCGUAUUGCCAUUUGUUUAACCUCC